CAUUUCACCAUUUAUAUAUUUUUAAUUUAAAUAUGUUUCCACUUUAUAUAAAACGGGAAAUCAACACAAACAUGCUCUGCUAAAGCCUAAAACUGGAUUUUGUGUUGUAGUUUGCUGUUUGCUGCCUCCUUUUCUCUCAUCCAAAUCAAGAGAUAUAGUAUAAUCGGAUGACGUGAAGAGAUUUUCACUCUAAGAAAAUGGCGUGUGCAGUUAACGACGACGACCGUAGCAACGACAAUCCAGUGAUUGGAUUGCAGGAGCCAAGCAUCGAUACCGACAAAUUGAGCUACGAGAUUUUCUCCAUUUUGGAGAGCAAGUUUUUGUUCGGCUACGACGAUCAGCACCUCUGGUUACCAAAGCCGAUUUCAGUGCAGCCGAAGAGCGCCGAAAUUCAGGCGGAGAAAAAUCAGAGGGGGAAAAUCUGCAUCCUGAGCAUCGACGGCGCCGGUAUGCGAAGCAUUUUGUCUGGCAAAACGCUGUCGUAUCUGGAAACCGCGCUUAAGAAGAAAUCGGGGAAUCCUGACGCCAGAAUCGCCGAUUAUUUCGACGUCGCCGCCGGCACAGGCGUCGGCGGCAUCUUCACAGCGAUGCUCUUCGCCGCGGGCGAUCAGAACCGUCCGAUUUUCCACGCGGACGACACGUGGAGGUUCCUCGCUGCGGAGGGGAAAAAGUUACACUCGCGGAGUUCGAGGAGCGGUUUUCUCAAGCGUGUUUUUAAUACAUCCGGCGACGGUUCGUCGGCGGCGGGGAUGGAGAAGGCGAUGAAGGAGGCGUUCAAGGACGAGAGGACCGGCCGCAGCCUCACGCUGAAGGACACGCUAAAACCGGUUUUAAUCCCCUGCUACGACCUCUCCAGCGCGGCGCCUUUUCUGUUCUCGCGAGCGGACGCGCUCGAGAGCGACAGCUUCGAUUUCAACCUAUGGGAGGUUUGCUCGGCGACGGCGGCCGAGCCGGUGGUUUUCGAUCCGAUUUGCAUGAAAUCGGUUGACGGAUUGACCCGGUGCGUGGGGGUGGACGGCGGAAUUGCGAUGGGAAACCCUACCGCGGCGGCGAUCACGCACGUGCUGCACAAUAAGCAGGAAUUUCCGUUUGUGAGAGGAGUGGAGGAUAUUUUGGUCCUUUCAGUCGGCGCGGGUGGGCAGCUGAUGGAGGGCAGCUUUGACUAUGAGCAGGUCAAGACGUGGAAGGCGAAGGAUUGGGCGCGGCCGCUAGCACGGAUUUCCGGUGACAGCGCGGCCGAGAUGGUGGACCACGCUGUAGCCAUGGCGUUUGGGGAGAGCCGUAGCAGCAAUUACGUCAGGGUUCAGGCAAGCUGUUCCAGCUUCGGCCAAUGUGGUGCAAGUGUCGAUUCAGACUCCAGUCCAAGUAAUGUAAAAGUGCUAAUGGGGAUAGCAGAGGACAUGCUGAAGCAGAAAAAUGUAGAGUCUGUCCUCUUCAGUGGUAAGAAGAUGGGAGAGCAGAGCAACUUGGAGAAACUCGACUGGUUUGCCGACCAACUUGUGCUAGAGCAUCAGAAGAGGAGUUGCCGGAUAGCUCCCACUGUCGCGUUCAAGCAACCAACGAGCAGGCCUUAAGCGACUUCCGGCAAUUCACAAUACUCAUCCAGUAAAGCAAAAUUAAACGGUAAAUGUUAAGAGGAAAAACAAUGUAAAGUGAUAUAAAUAUGUAUAGCAACUUUCACAUUUUGAGAAGGAUAGGAGAAGUGGGGUCUGAGUUUGUGUUGUGAAAAAAGGUUGUGGGUGGGAUUCUUUGCCGGCCAGCGGCGGAGAAUGGUGGAAGCCGCCACACCACGGUGGUCUAUGGAAGUUGUACUACCUUUUUCUCUUUUUUAAUUGGAUGAUGUAAUGAGUACUCCUAUUCUAUCCUAAGUUCUUCGUGGUUUAUCUUUUUGAA